UCAUUUCCGGGCAAGAGGCGGCUCACUCACGCGCUUCCUUUUCCUCUCUGUUUUUUGGUGGGAUGCAUUUGUUAUUGACGGGGUUUGGUAUUUCCAGGAUAACACUCGACUGAAACAGUGACUCGGUCUGGGAUCAUGACUCAUCAGAGCAUUAUUUCGACAUGCUUUAACCGGGCUCGAUGAAAUGAUUCUAUAAGACUAAGAAGACCACACCAGGACCCGUCAUAGGAAUCUUAAAGAUCAGGGAAGACUGAAUUCUCCUCUGCAGAGAAAAUGUCAAUAAUGGACCACAGCCCCACCACUGGCGUUGUGACGAUCAUAGUGACCCUGAUUGCCAUUGCCGCUCUGGGAGCGCUGAUCUUCGGCUGCUGGUGCUACUUGCGGCUGCAACGCUUCACUCAGUCCGAGGAUGAGGAGAGCAUCGUUGGUGAGGGCGAAACCAAAGAGCCUUUCCUCCUGGUGCAGUACUCGGCCCAUGUUCCUCGGGCAGAUCAUAAGAGCAGACUCGCUCCUACCAGCACUGAGAGCCACAGCUAAUUGUUCUCUUUAGAAAAACCCGUGCUGGGUGUGAUCCAUGCAGGGAUCCAAUUUCUUUUGCUCCUUUUAUAUAUUACAAAACAUAUCGCACUUGUGAUAACAUCCUGUUGUAAUGGUUUCAGGUCAAACGCAGAAGAACAAAAACUAACGCAUGUAUUUGUCCAGCUGCUUCUAAAGUCUUUGUGAAUGUUGUUUGCACUUUGUGGUCCAGUGGAACCCUGUUAUAAUGUGAAACUGGUACAUUUCUGUGUUGUUGUUUUUUUCUGAGACAUUUAUUUAUCUGCUAAAUUAUGUCCUUAGGUACUGAUAUUAUGUUGUUGUUGUGCUAUUUUAGAAGAACCUUUCUUUCAGCCAGAGCUGGCUCUGGUGUAAAGCCAAUAUGUGCAAUGACUGCACAUGCUCAAUUGCAUAUUAAUUAUUGUGUAUUAAUUCAACAGUCCAUUUAAUAUGUGAACUAAAUCAGUCAUGUCUGUAGUUGUAGUUAGCGACUCAAGAUCCUUCGAUUAUACAUUUAGUCUCUGACACGCCAUCAGAAAGGUUUGUGUUCAGAUUAAAUAUUGCAUUCUUGGCGCAGGGUUAAUGCUCUCUGCAUCUACUUUUUUUAGCACGGAAAUUAGAUUUGUAUUUCAUUUCUACGUCAUUUUGACACGUGGCAUUAGAUGCUGUUGUAGCUCGGAUCUGCUAAGAAGCCAUCAUGAACGAAAGCCAGUGACUAGGUCUCAGCGUGUGGAGGUCCAACAGGAAGAGCCCAGAGGUGUUCGUUAUGGUGGCUGAGCACAUUUCUGUGUGGAAUUGGAUGAAAGAUGUGUAAAUAUUUUUUUUUAUAGGUCUUUCACGUUUGUCAUGCUGAAAAUGCAUAAAUUUGUGAGGAGAGAAAAAAAAAGUUGUGAAUUGUCUGCUUUCCUGUAUAAAUGAAUAAAAUGUGAUUUUGAACUUAA